CUCCGCCCCCGGCCCGGCCCCGGUCUGGGGCCCGCUCGCCCGCCGCCCCGCAUGGAGCUGUCAGCCAUUGGCGAGCAGGUGUUCGCCGUAGAGAGCAUCCGGAAGAAGCGCGUGCGGAAGGGUAAAGUCGAGUAUCUGGUGAAGUGGAAAGGAUGGCCCCCAAAGUACAGCACAUGGGAGCCGGAAGAGCACAUCCUGGACCCCCGCCUGGUCCUGGCCUAUGAGGAGAAGGAGGAGAGAGACCGAGCGUCGGGGUAUAGGAAGAGAGGUCCGAAACCCAAGCGGCUUCUGCUGCAGCGGCUGUACAGCAUGGACCUGCGCAGCUCCCACAAGGCCAAGGGCAGGGAGAAGCUCUGCUUCUCCCUGACGCGCCCACUCGGCAGCGGGAGCCCCGAGGGGGUGGUCAAGGCGGGGGCGCCCGAGUUGGUGGACAAGGGCCCCUUGGUGCCCACCCUGCCCUUCCCGCUCCGCAAGCCGCGCAAGGCCCACAAGUACCUGCGGCUCUCACGCAAGAAGUUCCCGCCCCGCGGGCCCAGCCUGGAGAGUCACAGCCAUCGACGGGAGCUCUUCCUGCAGGAGUCACCGGCCCCAGACGUCCUGCAGGCAGCCGGCGAGUGGGAGCCCGCUGAGCAGCCCCCUGAAGAAGAGGCAGAUGCAGACCUGGCCGAUGGACCCCCUUCCUGGACACCCACGCUCCCCCCAAGUGAAGUGACAGUGACUGACAUCACCGCCAACUCCAUCACCGUCACCUUCCGCGAGGCCCAGGCAGCUGAGGGCUUCUUCCGAGACCGCAGCGGGAAGUUCUGAAUCAUCGUUUUUACUCUUCUUAAACUGUUUCUUUUGGGCUUGGGGUGGGGACUUCCGGAGAUGGGGAGGGGGUGGGGCAGGGUAAUUAUUUUAUUUAAAAACAUACCAAAACGGAGGAGGGAAAAUCCCAGCACUCUCUCCCCACCUACUCGUUUCUCUGUGAGGGAUGUUUACAGAGAGGCUUCUGGGUGGGGAGGCCUGGCUCUGCUCGGCCAGCUGGAAGGCCGUCUCCAGGGCCAGAUGGGCCACCUCCCUGGACACCUCCAUCAUCCCCGGUCUUCUUUAAAGACACAGCUGCGGUUUCAGGAGUUAAAGGAGAAUUGGAAGGCCCAGACCCUCUCCCCUGAGCGGCCUGCUGCAGCCUUUCUGGCUGAUCUACCCUCCUCCCCUUUUUUUGUUGGGUCUUUAUUUUGAACUUUGCACUCCAGCUUUGCUGUGGAAUGUGGAGGCUGGCUUUGAGCAAAGAUGACUGGGUCAGAGAGAAAGGGCAGAAGGAGGAGGGGUUUGCGUGAGCUAGGGCACUGUCCCCUUCCCUUCAGAGAGGUUUCAGUCUUCCCUGGGAGGAGGCUUCAUGCUGAGACCAAUCACCCCAUCACAGCGUGGGCCGGGACCCUUCUGCUGGUAGCUCUGCCCCCUCACCCAGCCUGUGCAGGUGUGCACACAUGUGCCCCCACCCGGAACAUUCACACCUGCCUCCGUGACUUAUGUACAUGUCUACAACCAUGUCCAGGGGAGUCUUGCAAACCUACCGUUUAGAAACCUGCCCAGGUGAACAUGGGGUGAUUCACAGCACAAAAGAGCUCGCCACGGGCACCCACACUCCCCCGCCUCGUCCAGCUUGCUCGCAGAGGCCAGCAGAGGCGGGGCUCACUGGGCACGGUGCCGUCUGAUGCUCCAGCCGUGCAGGUACGGUUUUGUGUUUUCACCUGGCCAGGCUUCAGGUGUGCUCGCAUCUGCAAAGGUGUGCCACCUAGUCAGCGUGGGGUCAAAGACACUGGGACCCUGUCCUUCCUCCCUGCAGGCCCUUGUUCUUUCUGACUCAGGUGACUUUUCAGCCCUCUGACUCCCCUCUUUUUCUGCCCUCCUCUCCAACUCAGCCAACCCCAGUGUGGAUGUGGGUGGCCAGGGAGGGAGGGGGCAUCCCACCACCUUCUCAGGGCAGCCCUUGACCCUGAACACCCCCUUCCUCCUUCCAGUCUGUAACCCCCCCAAGUCAACCCAAAUCCCACAGCUGGGGCUGACCUUGUUUUCCUGGGAGAGAGGGGGUCUUCAUGGGGCCACAGUGUGUUGGGGAGCAGGCUGGGUUCAAGGGGCAGUGUCUCCCAGGAGGAGGUGCACUUGUUCUCUGAUUUGCACUCAGGUGCCCUGUGGGCAAGUAGCUUCCCUGCCACUGAGGAGCACCUUUUGCCCCUGCCCAGCCUCAGAUGUGGGGAGGCCCCAGGGGAGGAUGCAGAAGGCUGGCUUCCUAUCCCUCCCAUUGUCAGUCAGGGUAAUCCAUAGAGAGGGUGUGGCUGAGAGCCCGCCUCCCCAGGACUGUCCUGACCCUGUCCUGUGUCCUUGGGAAGUCAUCAGAAUCUCUGUUGAGGCAUGGAUAGGGUGAUUCUUCACCCCACCCCUUCUUUCUGAGUUCCCACACCAAAGACAACCUGUACCCUAUGUAUGUUUGGGGCACCCUGUUGGCAAGAUUCCAAAUCCCUGAGUCUCUCCCUCCUUACCCUUUAAUCCUUAGUUAUCCAGGGUCAAUUCCGUGCUUCCAUUGGGGAACAGUCCCCUCCUGGGUGACCGAUUUACCCCCAGCCUAGGGAGUUGAAUCCAGGGGAGUAUGGGGUGUGGGUCAGGGAAAGGGAGGGGAGUAGGGAAGCCCGCCCAUCCAGUUGCGGGGACCUUCCAGGAUUGGGGUUCCCAGCAGAGGUGAAGGGAUCCACAGGCUGGGAGGACACAGGCUGUCCCAGGCCUGGAUUAGAGGAAGGCAGGUGGGCGGGGUCUCUCCAGUUGAGUUCUGCAGGGUCCUCAUCAUCCCUGUGCACUUUGAACGCUCUUGGCCCUGUGGUUUCGGAUGUGGCUGGCAGCUUCCAGUAGACGUCAUAUGCCGCACCCCCCAGGAGGAGCGGCACCUCUUCCUGCUUCACGGGCACUUUCAGAGAGCUGAUUGUGCAAUUUAGGGGUUUCUGGUUGGGGGGGUUGUUUUUUGGGGCGAGGCAGCUGUUUCUCUGAACCCUGCUGCCUCUUACUAGGCCCUUCAUGGCCCCUGCAAGCCCUGCCCUCCGGCUUCAGGAAGGCUGAAUGCCAACUGGGGCCUGGGCCCGAGGAGCCAGCCCAGGGCAGCCAGGCACCUCAGGGCUUGUGGGCUUUUAGGACCUUUCCCGCCAGGACUGGAGACUUCAGCGAGGGGCUGAGUGGCCGCGCAGGCCACCUUCCAGCCGGGAGUGCCCCAGCAGGGCCUGGGGUGAGAGGAGGCCAGGUGGACACCGACCUCCCACCACCGCCAGGCCCACCAGAAGGCCAGUACUCACAGGGUUGGUGGGGGCUUAGAAGGAGUUCCGCCAUCUUCCUUUCCUCUGCCCCCACCUCAGUUUUGAAAGUAGAGAGACCAGUCGGUACUUUUUGUUUUGCUGUGAGGGUGGGAUAAGAAGAACGUUCUUUCGCCCCUGGCGUGGCCUACUUCCAGUGCGUGGUUGAGCACAGGUGGCUUCAUGGUUUCACUUCUUUUAAGAUGAUAAUCCCCAUUGCCCUUUUCCUCCUUUUCUCUUGCUCCCUGGGAAAGCACUAUGCUUCUGUAAGAUGGUUUGGCUUAUGCUUUAUAAGUGGCCAGACGUGGCCGCCAGAUCUCAGCACAAGAACGCUUCCUUUGCACAGAAUGAGCGUCGAGCUUUGUUCAGACUAAAUGAAUGUAUUUGGGGAGGGGCUGGGGGCCCGUCGAUUCCAAGCACAUGCCUUUGCUGAGUGAGUGUGUGCUGGGGAGAGUUAGAGUGGAUGCAGAGCACGGUUUUAUUUUUGUACUGAUAUUGGUAAGAGACUGUAUAGCAUCUAUUUAUUUAGAUGAUUUAUCUGGUAAAUGAGGCAAAAAAUUAUUAAAAAUACAUUAAAGAUGAUUUAAAAAAAAAGCUCUUCGGCAUUGAUCAUUCCUUAUGACAGUCUUGAGCAGCUGUGUUGAUUAAAGAGCUUUGGCCCUGACCUUGGGAUGAGAUCCCAGGUCUGCCAGAUACUGACCAGGAUGUUGGACAAGUCAUUCAGUUUUCUGAGCCCUCAAGGCAUGCUGCAAGGAUUAAUUCAGAUGAUGGAUGGGAAAGUGAUUUGGGAAAUGGCAACUGCAGUGUAUAGAUGGAUGGAUGCCCGCCAUUGUAGUCCUGGCAGUGUACUCAGAUGCCUGCAGGGCUUCUGAUAGCUUCUCCAACCUGUUUUAGAACCUAGUGGUGGUUAGCAUCCCAGAUCUCUGCAAUUCCAUGUUCUGGAACCUGGGACUGUCAUGUGGCUAACUCUCACCUACUGUGCUAUUCAUCCAAGCUCAGCAUACUUGUCUGAAUCGUUAGAGUGGUGGUCAGAGCAAAAGGAAUGAGAGACAGCAGAGUCCUACAAGCACGUUUGCAUUUUAGGUUCAUCACUGGCUGUAGUUUAGAGAUUGGAUGGGAGCAGGCAGGAUGGGCAGUGGGGGAAUAGUUAGGUUGUUGUAGCCAUUCAGAUGAAGGAUGGCUGUGGCCACAACUAUGGAAGUGCCAGUGAAAGGGAGCAAAAUGGAUAGAACUGAAGAUACCUUUGUUGUUGUUAGGUGCUGUCGAAUUGGUUCCCACUCAGUAGCGACCCUGUGAACAACAGAACAAAACACUGCCCGGUCCUGUGCCAUCCUCACAAUCAUUGUUAUGCU